GAUCAACACAAAAAAAUCAAAAGAAAACAUCCAAGCCGCGCGUUAAUCCAAUCCCAUAAUUAACUCGUGAAGUUCACAACUCAACUACUGCCAACAUAAACAAGCAUAUUUUGGGUAUAUCUUAUUUAAAAUCAUAGAGAGAAAAGAGAGAUUUUAGGGUCACUCUCGUUUUCUUUCCUUCAUCCGUCGUCGUUUCGGUCUCCGAAUCCCUACCGCGCCGUCGCGAAUUUCGAAGCUCUUCGUUGCGGCGAUCGAAGAUUUUUGUAGCUGUAACCAAGAUGAAGGUUUUUGUGAAGACUCUUAAAGGAACUCACUUCGAAAUCGAAGUGACGCCACAAGACACGAUUUCUGAAGUGAAGAAAAAUAUAGAAACUGUUCAGGGUGUAGAUGUCUAUCCUGCUGCACAGCAAAUGCUUAUUCAUCAAGGGAAAGUUUUGAAGGAUGACACCACCUUGGAGGAAAAUAAAGUAGCUGAAAAUAGUUUUCUUGUAAUUAUGCUUUCAAAGAAUAAGACUAAAUCUGGUGAAGGGUCUACUGCUUCAAAUGCUCCUCCAGCAAAGGCCCCACAAACGAGUUCUGCUCCUACUUCAACCCCCACAGUGUCUGUAUCACCUCAAGCUCCCGCUGCUGUUGCCACACAACCUGCAUCUGUUGCUGCACCUUCUCCAGCUCCAGCUCCAGCUCCUACUCCUGCUCCCACUCUUGCUCCCACUCCUGCUCCUAUAUCUUCAGCAACUGCUACGGAAGGUUCUGAUGUUUAUGGGCAGGCGGCAUCCAAUCUGGUUGCUGGUAGCAACUUGGAGGAAACAGUUCAGCAAAUCCUAGAUAUGGGUGGAGGAAGCUGGGAUAGGGAUACUGUUAUUCGUGCUCUUCGAGCCGCCUUCAACAACCCUGAGAGAGCUGUUGAAUAUUUGUAUUCUGGUAUCCCUGAACAAGCUGAAGCUCCAGCAGUAUCCCAAGUGCCUGCAAUUGCGCAGCCUGCGAGUCCUGCAGCUGCAGCUGCAGCUCCACAAGCAGCACAGCCUGCUCCUGUUACAUCUAGUGGACCUAAUGCUAAUCCUCUAGACCUCUUUCCCCAGGGCCUCCCAAAUAUUGGUGCUGGUGCUGCCGGUGCCGGCUCUCUGGAUUUUCUACGCAACAGUCAGCAAUUCCAAGCUCUGCGAGCUAUGGUGCAGGCAAACCCACAAAUAUUGCAGCCCAUGCUACAAGAACUUGGCAAACAAAAUCCUCAUCUUAUGAGAUUGAUUCGAGAUCAUCAAGCUGACUUUCUUCGCCUGAUUAACGAACCCAUGGAAGGUGGCGAAGGGAACCUUUUGGGACAAAUGGCUGGUGGCAUGCCACAAGCAGUAACAGUCACACCCGAGGAGCGCCAAGCUAUUGAACGGCUUGAAGCAAUGGGUUUCGACCGUGCUAUAGUAUUGGAGGUGUACUUCGCCUGUAACAAAAAUGAAGAAUUGGCGGCCAACUACCUUUUAGACCACAUGCAUGAGUUUGACGAACAAUGAUCUCCUUUCCAAUAAUUUCCAAAUUAUUUUUCGUUAUCUUUUCUCUCGAGGGACCUUUUUAAAAUUUUUAUACUUGGUGUUUAAUGAGGUAUUGCUUUAUAAAGACAAUUUCAAGUUGACUUUGGACAA